UAAGAAAYCGUCGUAGUGGCAUCUUUUGUGCAUUUUUAAGCUUCUUUUCUUUACCUGUUUGCAAUAUAUUGAAAAAAAAACAGGACAUAUGUCUAACUUUAAAACACAACUUGAUUUAGUAAGCUUGUUAUUUAGGGAAAAAAGGAGCUGUCUCUCCGAGCUGUAAAGCAGAGUGCCGUAUUACGGUAGAUGGAUGUUGUUAUGAGGAGUUGCAACUGUAGAAGGAUGUUCAUAUUAAAAAUAAGCCAUUUGGCGUUUUUGUUWCUUAUCUUUGGACACUAUACCACGUUUGCUCUUCAGGAUGUCACAGCUGAGCUUUUCAGGAGCGAAAAUUAUGGCACGGUGGCGGCYUUUGGUGACCUUAACUCGGAUAAACAGACUGACAUCUUCAUCAUCAGAGAGCAGUCUGAGUUGGUGAUUUUCUUGGCUGACUCCACCUCUCCUUACUUUAAGCCCAAAGUUCACAUCUUAAAGGACAAUUUGCCAAAGGGCACAGUUAUCACCAGUGUAGUUCCUGGAGAUUAUGAUGGAGAUUCUCAGAUGGAUGUCCUCCUGACAGCGAACAUCAACGCCAAUGAGCAAACAACAGUGCUCAUCUUUUGGGGGAACAACCAGACAUUAGAUACGAGUGUUUGGCUCCAGCUGAAUAAGACCUUCACAGAUCAGCCUCUUGUUAUGGAUUUUGAUGGAGACAUGAUCCCAGACGUUUUUGGUGCUGUCAGUCUCACAUCAACUGAAAUUUGCCAUCUUAAGAAAAGGAGCCCGGAGUGUCUGAAAGCACUGAAUGCAUCUGUCAAAAUGCGCACUCCUCAUUCUAAUGCAUUCAUUGACCUCAACAAGGACUUUACUGCUGAUUUGUUCUUGACAACUGAGGAAAAUAAGUUUGAGACAUGGCUCAAUAAGGAUGGGACCUUCACCAAAGCUCACAUCAUUCCAGCACCACCUGUAAAGACUGUUGGGCAGUCCUCCUUUGUUGACUUUGAUGGCGAUGGCUAUCAGGACCACCUCCUCCCUGCCUGUUCAGAUGACGCCUGUCAACAGAGCACCAUCUUCCUCGCCAAGCCAGGCUCAGAACAGUGGCAACCCAUCCUGUCAGACUUUAGGCAGAAGGAAACACUUUGGGGCUUUGUGCCAGGAACCAUCAAGCAACCUCUGGUCUUGCACCUUGGAGACUACAACCUGGAUGGUUUCCCUGAUGCCCUAGUGAUCCUUAAGAACACAAGCAACAGCGAACAGCGGGCCUUCCUGUUGGAGAACGUUCCCUGUAACAACCCCAGCUGUGUCGGUAUUGGACGAAUGUUCCACAUCCAUUGGGACCAGUCAGACUUGGGAGCAAUCAAGAAUGCUUUCAUUGCAACUUUCUUUGACAUCUAUGAGGAUGGAAUAUUAGACAUGAUUGUCCUGAGCCAGGCAGACAACCAAAAGGACUUGAUGAUCCACGCUUUGAAGAACAAUUUUGAAGCUGAUGCUUAUUUUGUAAAAGUGAUGGUGCUCAGUGGCCUCUGCUCUAAUGCCUGCCCUGAAGAUGCCAAGCCUUUUGGUGUGAAUCAGCCUGGUCCCUACGUCAUGUACACCACAGUGGAUUCUAACGGCUACCUGAAAAACUCCUCAGCUGGUCAGUUGAGCCAGUCAGCUCAUUUCUCCCUGCAGCUGCCCUACACCGUGCUGGGGCUCGGACGCAGCGCUAACUUCCUGGAUCACCUGUUUGUUGGAAUUCCCAGGGAGGCUGGAGACACGAACAUCAGGAAGCAGGAGUGGACAGCCAUCAUUCCCAACUCGCAGCUUAUUGUCAUUCCGUUCCCUCACAAUAACCCACGCAACUGGAGUGCCAAGCUGUACCUCACUCCUAGCAACAGUGUGCUGCUGACAGCCAUCGCUCUGAUCGGAGUGUGCGUUUUUAUCCUCGUCAUUAUCGGCAUCCUCCACUGGAAAGAGAAGAAAGCAGACGACCGAGAGAAGAGACAGGAAGCCCACCGUUUCCAUUUUGAUGCCAUGUGAAGGAGCAGAACUGCAUGAUGGGAGAACAUCCUCCUCUCACUGCUUCCCUUUGCCAAUCAAACACCCUCUUCUUCUCUUCACACACUUUACAUUCAUUUACAGGGCCAAUAAUUAAUCCUCAUCUGCCACAUUUUUUUUGUUUGCUUUUCAUCCAUGAGUGAAAAGUGAAAUAUUUAUUUCAUCUUUUUAUUUUAGUGUUAGGAAUACAGAAGCAACAAACACCAGGAGGUUUAAAAAAGUUCAAAACAGUGAUUUUAUUUUUAUUUUUAUUUAUUCUGGUGGUGUAGGGACUGAUUGUUAUCUCUAUGGGUUUCAGUUUUAGUAGAGCAGUGUAACGAUAUGACAAGAACUCUUGUUGAAAAGUCAAACAU